AUGGCCGAGGAAGCGCCAGGCUCCGCACCUGCGUCGCAGCCAGACGGCGCAGGAAAGAGGGAAUCUGAUGAUCGCGCGCCGACCGACGGCUCCGCGCCGGCCGCGGAGGGAGCGGAACAGUCUGCCGGCGGCGCGUACUCCUCGGUUCCGCCUCCCGCUUCCGAGUUCGAUCAGGCGAAGCGCAAAGCGGAAGAGCUUGCGGCUAAGUUCUUAAACACCGGCGCGAAGCGGUCUAAGUUCGAUGAACCGCCUGCUGCUGAGGGAGCGGCGGGUGCGGCGCAAGCAGCGCCGGGCUCCGUGCCUGGUGGCGGCGGGGCCUCAGGAACCGGAGGGCCGCCGGGAAUGGGGGGACAGAUUGGAGGACCUAUGGGGGGACCUAUGGGGGGACCGAUGGGGGGACCGAUGGGGGGACCUAUGGGGGGACCAAUGGGGGGACCGAUGGGGGGACAGGCGGGAGGGCCUCCGGGAGGAUAUUCGGGAUACGGCGGCGGCCAGGGCCCUCCUGGGAUGGGCGGCGAGCAGCAGCAACAGGGCCAUGGUUAUUACCAGCAGCAGCAGCAGUCUGGUUACUACGAUCAGCAAAGCGGCAGCAGGAAGAUCGACGUUCCUAACUCCAAGGUGGGGUUGGUGAUCGGCAAGGCGGGGGAGACGAUCAAGUACCUGCAGGCGCAGUCGGGCGCGAAGAUCCAGGUCACGCGCGACGCGGACGCGGACCCGCGCUCCGCGUUGCGGUCCGUGGAGCUCAUGGGGACUCCGGAGCAGAUGGCGCAGGCGGAGGUUCUUAUCCGCCAGGUGCUGGACGAGCACCAGGCAGCGGGCGGCGGCAGGGCAUUUGCUGGGAGUAGCGAGUCCGUGUCGAUUCAGAUCCCCAACGGUCGGGUGGGGCUCAUCAUUGGUCGGGGCGGUGAGACCAUAAAGAACCUCCAGAAUCGCUCAGGCGCUCGCAUCCAGAUUCAGAGCGACAGGGAGGUGCAGCCGGGGAGCAUGGAGCGAACGGUGAUGCUGAUGGGCACCAAGCAGCAGACGGACGCCGCUCAGGAGCUCAUCCGGGAAGUGCUCGACGAGUCUAACCGCCGCGGAGGGCCCGGAUUUGGAGGGGGAUUUCGUCAACAGCAGCAGUGGCAGGGAGGGGGAGGGGGAGGGGGAGGGGGAGGGGGGCAGCAGGGAUGGCAGCAGGGAGGGGGGUACGGUGGAGCAGGGCAGUAUGGGGGCGGGCACUACGGGGGGCAAGGGGGCGGGGGAGGGUAUGGGGGGUACGGGCAGCAAGGUGGAGGGGAGUAUGGAGGCGUGGGAGAAGGCUGGGGCCAGCAGGGGGGAGCAGGGGGGAUGGGGCAGGGAGGAGGGGGAGGGUACGAUUAUUAUGGGCAGGGGCAGGGCGGUGGGCAGGGCGCAGGAGGGGAAGCAGGAGCGGGGAAUGGGAAUGCAGGAGGGGCGGAAGGGGGAGCGGAUGGCGGGUAUGGGUAUGGGGGGCAGGGGGGGCAGGGCGGUGGGUAUUACAACAACCAAGGUGGUGGGGGGUAUGGGCAGCAAGGGGGAGGGGGCGAAGGGGGCGGAGCAGCAGCAGGAGGAGGGGCAGCAGCGGGAGAAGGAUAUGGGCAGCAGGAAGGGGGGUAUGGACAGCAGCAGUAUGCACAGCAGGGGGGAGGCUACUAUGGGGGACAGCAGCAAGGGGGCGGAUAUGACUAUUACAAUCAGCAGGGGGGAAUGGAUCCGUAUGCGCAGCAGCAGGGGCAGGGGGGAGGGGGGCAGCAGCAGGGGGGGUACGUCGUAAACCAGCCGUGCCUUCUCCGCUGCGCGCUUCUGGCAGCACUAGUGGCAGCGUGUGCGGCUCGGAUCGUGACUGUGGGAGAGGCAGGCGUGGGCGGAUACAGCUAUGGAUGGAACCCAGCCGUUAACUACACCAACUGGGCUGCUGAAACGCCGCUUCGACCUGGCGACGUCCUCGUGUUCGAAUAUCCGAAGCGCGCCGAGGUGGUGUAUCAAAUGGCCAGUGCCAAGGAUCUCGCCUCGUGUCAUCUCAAGAACGCGAAGGUGCUCUGCGAUUCACUCCGCGGAAGCCGGCCCGGGAAAGACGGCGCGGCUAGCGCUUGCACCGUGACGGUGGAAUCGGGACCUAUGUACAUCACGUCGAUCAAAACACACUGCGACAUGGGACAACAGCUCGUUGUCGAGACGACCAUCGACAAUGGAGGACUGGGCAAUGACGAAUCUAGCAAAGCUGCUGCUGUGGUCGAUCCGCCGGUCGCAGGCGACAACGGGACGACGGCAGGCGAAGGCGCCGGCGACGAGAACGCCGCGGAUGACAACGCGUCGCAAUCCGCCGCGCACAACCAGACGGGGCCGGGUGCGAAAGGAGUGAGGCUGGCUGGGACUCUGUCGCACGGGCCGAUUGGAAACGUGUCGACCGAAGACAGUUCUGUCCCGCUGCCUACGACCGACGGCAAGGCAUCCUCCUCGUCUCCAGGUUCUCCUGACGCCGUCCUUCUCUCGGACAGCGGCUCGGGUAACGCGCUGGUGCCGCCCCUCGCGACGACUCGGGCAUCCGGGCGGUCGAUCGUGGUGGGGAACCCGACGCCGAGCUAUAACUACCCGUUCAACCCGCAGGUUAACUACAAUAGCUGGGUCGCCAAGAGCAAGCUCUACGACGGCGACGUUAUCCUGUUCAAGUAUCCGAACUACCAUCAGGAGGUGGUCCAGUUCGCGCGCUACGGCGACUACCGCUCGUGCAACUUCCGCGCCGCGAAGGUGGUUUGCUACGACAGCUGGGGCUCCAAGUCGGGUUGCUCAAUCAAGGUUACCCGAACAAUGGCGUAUUACGCCUCUGGGCUUUACGGUAACUGCAUGGCGGGGCAGAAGCUCGCCGUGAAGGCGAACGCGAAGCCAUACACGCCGCGAACUCUUGCAGUUGGUUACCCGUCGUCGCAGUUCAAUUGGAACUGGAACCCCAACGGGCAGUACGACAGGUGGCUGCAGUACAACAAGGUCUACAAGGGCGAUACAGUCGUUUUCAAAUAUCCUCCAUACAAGGACGAGGUCUUCAUCGUGCCGUCACUGACGGAUUACAAGAACUGUGACUACUCGAACUAUAUCUCUUACUGCAACUCUACAGACGGCGCAGGGGCCGGUUGUUACAGUAACCCCAUUACAGGCACCACUUACUUCAUCUCAGGCAUCUUCAGCCAUUGCAUGAAAGACAAACAGAGG